UAGUCACUCCCAGUUUUUUUUUUUUCUGUUUUCAAAACGCCAGUCCGCGUUUUGAUGCUGUACCAGUGAGCGGUUUCUAUGGCCAAGUCCAGGAACGGUCUGACGGCCGUUGGCCUGUCGGUGUUGGGCGCUUUUUUGGUCCUGUUGGCAUUUACGACGAAAAGCUGGGUGGUCACAGACGGCAAAUUGGAACACCCGCAAUUCGAAAGGAUAGGUGAGUAACUGGCCACCUCGGUCACGCCCAAACGACGGAUACGCACGUACAAUUUUCGCAUUUUACUCCGCUGCGCAAUACUAAUAGACCAGUCGAGCAUCAUUACGAGACGGGCAAUUUGCGAAUCGUUUUAUUAGAGGGCCGAAAGUUCUUGAAUUUCUUUUUUUUUUCGUAUUUUAACACGUCCACACAAGGUUUUGAACUUUUCAGCUUAUGAUUGUUACUGUAUUCUCUCAUAAAAACGUUAACUCUAUUGGUUGAGAACCCAUGACCAUUUAAAAUUCACCAAUUAUAUAUCAAGUACACUAAAAAAUUAAAUUCUCACGGCCUGCCUAGUCAAAUAGAUUUAUUUUUUUUUAAAUAUUAUAUUACCAAUGUGGUUAUCCUCCAAAUACUCAUUCAAAUUACAAUUAUUUCAAAUUAGUCAUAGAGAAUUUCAAUUAAAAAUUAAUUGGAUUUUCAUAUUGAAUACUAUUUCUAGGUGUACAUUUUAAGGAUACUGGUAUUCAGGUGCAUAAUCAAGGAGGAAGCACGUAACCCAUCCAAGAUUUUUUUAAACAAUUUUGUACAUAGACUUUUAUCGUGUUGAAAUAAUUAGUUAUUAAUAAAAAUUAUUAACUUGCCCCACUGAAUAUUUUUCCUAUCCACAGCAUUGUUUGUAUUGAUCAUUUUUUUUUUUUUUUGGAUUAUACAUUGUGAUUAAUCACCACAUUAUAAUAUUCAUAUUUUCAUGAUCCAUUGAUAAAUUGAAUUAUUAAAUUAUUAAUUCUCUUAAAGCAGGCAUUUAUAAUUACCUUAAGUUAAUAUAUAAGUUCUUUGAAAAUUAUAAAAUUAUACUUUUUUUAUUUUAGAAUACCGUUUAAAAAUUAGUACUUUAAACUGGUGUUAUGUUUGCAGGACUAUGGGUAGUUUGUUUUAAAGACUUUGAGGACACUCAUCAUUGGUACGACACAAAAUUUAGCAGCUGUUGGUGGGUAUUUGAAGAAGAAUAUUAUAUUAUCUAUGAUAUUUUAUUUAAAGGUUUGUAUGUGUAUAAAUACUUAUUUAUUUUGUUUUUUAAAUUAAAAUAUAAUCUUUUUAAUAAAUAUGUUUUAAGUUCAAGGAAGAAUUAAUCAAUUUUUUUUCAUUAGGUUUUUACAUUGCUACUCAGUUUUGGUUCUCGGCUUGUGUUCUUUUGACAGUAUUUGGUUUAUUUUAUACUACACUUUAUAUGUACCUUAAUAGAUCAGUUGAACGUUAUGUACAAAUUUUAUUUACAGCGGGAGGACUUUACAUAGUUGCCGGUAAAAAUUUAUCUGUAUUAUAAUGGUAUACAAUAUGUUAUAAAACAUUUUAUUUUUCAGCUAUCUGUGGUACUAUUGCUUUAGUAAUAUUUGGAAUAAAUGGAGAUAGUAGAGUGUGGAUGCCGCACUGGGAACACAAUGACAUUGGUUGGAGUUAUGGAGUUGCAGUUGCAGGAACCAUUGCCCUUUAUAUUAGUGGAGUAUUGUAUGUAAUAGAAGGACGGGUGCACAAGAUUAAACGUACAAAAAUGGCUUCUCAAAGAGCAAAUUAUGACUAUGAUAUUGAUGAUCAUAAACAAUCAUCCCACACGGAUAUUUAAAUGCUCUUUUUUUAUAGCAUUUUUGCAAUAGCAAUGUGUGCACAGCUAAAUUAUUUAUUCAUUUAUUUUUAAAAUGGAUGAUUAAUUAGUAUACUCUUAGGUAUUAUACAAUUAUAACAAUUUUUUAGCAUAGAAAACAUUUAAUAGCUGCAGGAAAAACGAUAAUAGUCAAUAUUUUUUCGAAUUGCAAUUUUAAAGUUGCAGAACCCAAAAAAGAAAAAAGAACAGAUUUAGAAAAACAAUAACAUAGCUAUAAAAAUCUCAUAAGAUCACACAAAUUGAUUAGGUUUUAUUUCCCACAGUUCUUAACUUGGUAAUUUGUUUAAGAAAACAAAGACAAUAAUUAUUUUUAUGCAUAGGCAUUUUUAAAAUUGUAUUUUAUAGUGAUGGCUUUUUGAAAAUAGUUUGAUAACUAGAUUUUUAUAAAAUAAUUGACGAGCUAUAAAAAAAUAUUUAAAGAUCUUAAUUUGAAUAGACAAUUGAUACUGAUUAAAUAUAAAAAUACUAUUUAAUUUAAACCAAAAUUAGUAAAUAAAAUAAUUUUAUAUAACAGAAGUUAAUUAAUAUAGGAAUAAAAACAAUUUAUAUUUUAUAAUUUAAAGAUUGAAACCGAUCCGUCCAUAUGAAUAUAAGUUAUUUUUAGGAAUUCAUGUUACUGCAGUUUGUAAUUGCAGUAUGCAAAACUUUAUAUUUUUUUAUACGUUUAAAUUUUAUACUGCACUAUGUAUUUUGUAUAAUAUUUUAUUAAAUAUGGUUAAAUGGUUGUUAAAGACUACAAUUUUAAUUAAAAGAAAUUGCACUGUGUUAUUAUAGGUAUCAAAAUUAUUAUUUAUAAUUGUAAAAAUUUUAGGCAAAUGUUAUUUUUGAUAGAAUCUCACAUUGUAGUACUGUAUCCAGAAACAAAUUCUGGGGAGGCUUUAAUAAUUUGAAUUAUUACCUAAUAAAUUUGUUCAAUGAUUGUACUAAUUUAUAAUAUUAGAACUAUUGAGUAUUAGAAAUAAAACAAUUUCAUUAUUUAUUUGCUAUAAAAUAAUUGAUUUAUUUUAUAUUGUAUAAAUUGUGAGUUUUUUUUUUUAAAUUGAAUAAUUUAGUUUCAGUCAGUCUUGUAUCAUUAAUAUGUAUUUUAGGUUUGAUUUUAGUUUAAUUUGGGUUGUAUGGAAGAUUAUUUGAUACUAGUGCUAAGUUUAAAUAUCAUCUUUAAUUGUAUUCUCUCCGAGUGUGUUAUGUUCACUUUUUUUUAACAAUUUAAGAAUUUUAUACUUAUGAUAUAAAAUUGUGGUUAUUGAUCUCUUUAGAACUAAAAUACAUAUCCCACAUUUAAAUGGUAUAUGAUAUUUAAAUUAUCUUUCCAUGUCCGAAUUAUUAGUUUACUAAAUUUAAAUGUAUUUUUUUUUUCGUGUGUGAAAUAUUGUAUCAAACAUAGUGUCAUUUAUAUUUAUCAUAGUAUACCCGAAUGAAUCCUAAACAUUUUUUAAAAAAUAUUUUAAGAAUUAUACCAUAUUAAUUGUAAUAAAACAUUUAUAUUUGAGAAAAACUUGUGGAUUAUUUAUGCAAUACAAAUUAAAAUAUAUUCUAACAUGCACCAGACAUUAAUAGGUAAUUAUUAAUUUUUUGUAUAAUUUGAUAGUUUAAUGUUAAUUUGAAAAGGUAUCUUAUUGUUUUACAAGUUUUAUAAUUUAAGAUGAAUGAAUAUUGUUUCAUACUCGAACCAAGCAUACAUAUCUUACUUUUAUUUAAUUUGUAUUUUUAUUUACCUUAACACUGAAAUAUAAUAACUUAUUAUUUAUCAAAAUUAUUUUUUAUUAAAUUAAUAAAAACACAGUUUUGCCC